AUGUCGAGUCACAUUCUGCUGCUCACGUGCAGCCCCGCUUGCGCGCGUGGAGCGAAAACAAAAACACCUCCGUCCCGCCGGCCAAUGAGGCGCGAGCGGCGGGGCGGAGCGUUCUGACCCACGAGCGAAACGGCAGCGCGCGACCUCGCGUCCCCCCGCCCCCCUCCCCGCCAGUACAGUUACCGCACGCACGCGCUCCACCGUUGCAUGGAUUACGGCGUUUCCCUGCAGCCUCAGCACGCGCUCGCCGAGCCUCCGACGCGUCUGCCGCGCGACUACACCACUCUCCAGCUACAGAUGAAGUCGACAGAAGUGGAGCAGGGCCUUUUCACGGACACCUACUGCAAAGUGUGCAGUGCGCAGCUCAUCUCCGAGUCUCAGAGAGUGGCGCACUACGAGAGUCGAAAACAUGCAAACAAAGUUCGUCUUUACUACAUGCUGCACCCAGUGGACGGAGGCUGUCCGGCCAAGAAACUACGAACACACAACGGCACUGAGGAAGGAGACGUGGACAAGAAUAAGUGCUGCACGUUGUGUAACAUGUCUUUUACCUCAGCCGUGGUUGCGCAGUCACACUAUCAGGGCAAGAUCCACGCUAAGAGACUUAAACUAGUGCUGGGAGAGCAGCCUGGCAUCACGGGGAAAGAGGUGGCCCCAAGUCCAGUUAAAAUCCCACCUGAAAGCUGGCCGCAGCUCAAUGGGGACUCGGAUCGGUACUGCCAGCUAUGCCACGCGUGGUUUAACAACCCAGGCAUGGCGCGACAACACUAUGAUGGCAAGAAGCACAAGAAAAAUGCAGCACGUGCCGACCUGCUGGAGCAGUUGGGCAAGACGCUGGACAUGGGUGAAAUGAAAGGUCUGAAGCGUAGCUACACUUGCGACGUGUGCAGCGUGACGCUUAACUCGGUGGCACAAUACCACGCACACCUGCAGGGCUCCAAACACCAAAACAACUUAAAGAAUCAGUUAUGUGUUCAGUAAAGACACACAGGAAGCCAACUGUAAGAUUGAUUGAUGUCACACGGGCUUUGAUCGGCUCGCCCUGAAAUCUCUGCCUCUUCCCUUUCUUUUAUUCCUUCUCCAUUCCGGCAUCUUACUGUCGUCAUCUGUCCAUCCCAACCAGGAAGACCAAACUAAAUGUUUUAAAUUAAUCAAAAAAAAAUUUUUUUAUUUUUUUUUUUAGAUGUUUUAUUUAAGCCCAAUUCUGAGGUCGUACUUUAUGUUCCAUCGCCCUGACUUCGUGGACUCCAUUGUUCAUGUCAUAGAUAAUUUACAGCUCAAUGGGAAUUCGUGUCUUGUCUUUGUGUGUUUUGUCAGUUCAACAAUUUCAACGUGUGUUGCGUUCUGUCAGCCAGGUGCGCGAUUUUUAUUCCGUUUUUUUUUUUUUUUUUUUCCACCCAGCUAAGCAAUAUGUAUGGAAAAUCUGCCAAAUGUAUUGUCGCUUAAAUGGAUUAGCAACACUGAAAGAGAAAAAUGACGAAUAGUACUUUAAAGUUGGAUGUACAGUCUGUGCAUCUCACAUUUACAACAAGGGCAUUGUGGGUAAUUUGAUAGGAGAUAUGGCCAUAUUAUCAGGGUUUGAAGUACAAAGAUCUCACCAGGUCUUUGCCUUUAACAAAGGGUUAAAAUUGGCUAAAAUUAACUCCUUUACACAAUGUUCAUCCCUUUUACUUGAAAUAUAGCUCAAUAAUAUAACUCAGCUGAUGCGUUUAGUGUCAGGUUUUUUAUUUAUUUAUUUUUGCCCAGGAGCUGAGAGGCUAACAAGAAUGAAAAGCUUCAACCCUCCAGCUUAGCAUCAUUUAUCUGCAUGCCUAAGCGAAGUUCAGACACCAAAACAUGUUAAUCAGCUAUAUUUCUGGUAAUAAGGGAACUUGUGUACAUUUUUGCAUUCAGUCUCGUUUCCAAAGUAUUGUGACUGUGUGUUCUUUUUAAUGUUUAAAAAAAAAAAGUAAUUUCCUUUUAUUAUAUACAGUAGGUCAGCUACAUUUUCAAUUGUGAUUAUUAAAUUAUUAUAGAUAUAAAUAUUAGGGAGAAUUAAACUAAGAAUUGCAUUGUCAUUUUAUAAUGAAGUAAUUAUUAGAAAAAAUUUUUGUUUAUUUUUAUUGUCAUUAAUAACUUAAUGUGUAUGUUUGAAAGUCAUUUUAUGUUGGUUAUGUGUCUGAAAAAUUGUUUUUUAAUCUGACUUUCUGGCUUUUAUUUUAUUAUAAACAAUGGAUGCAUUGUAUAAUAUUGAGAGUGUUUUGAGUUUUUAAAGGAAAAGUUCAGGAAAAGAAAAGCACACUUUUCCUGUUCGCUACCUUUGAGCUAUGAGGCUAAUAAAGUAAGUGGCCAAAAUAACAUCGUAAGCCAUGGAGUGUAAUCUGUACAGUCGUAUGGGUCAUUAUUCUUUUCUAAUGUUUAUAAAGCAACAGAUGUAGCAGGAUUUUUUGCAGUGUUAUCCAAAACAUUUUUUUUAAUUCCGCAAAUAGCAUUGUGAAGCAUUGAAACCCAAUUACAGUAGAAUUCCAUUUUUGUACACUCUUGGCCGAGCUUGGAAUUUGCUUCUGAUUGUUCAAGAUGGCUGAAUGUUCACGCUACUCAGUGUGAAGUCAUACUGCAUUCCAAAUCAUGUUAGCAAGACUAAAGACAACUACGUUGGCAUGUACUGUAUAAGAACUCCAGCGCAAAACUCACAACUUACAACAUGUCUUGAAUGAUUAUUUUCAAAAUGGGGAAAGUGUGUGUAUUCGAUUGUUUCCUGAACUACUCCUUUAAAAUGAUUCAUCUUCUUAAUGCUAGGAGAAAAAAAUUUAUAUCAUUUGAUAUUAACGAUGCAGAUUCUGUGCACGAAUUAAUGUUCUCAAAGUGCGAGUGAUUUAGGUCGCUCAUUGUUGCACUGAAGCUGUGUGUGAAUGGUAGCGUGUUCCAUUAUAGAGAGCAAGCUUCAGUUCUCUGUCCUCGUGCUAUGGAUCAUGAGAUUUAGUGUAAAUAUUGAAUAAAAGACGCUUGCAGCCCUCUUAA